UUCCUUAUGACAUUCCAUAAAAGAUACUUUCAAAAAGGAGUCACUAAUUUGUAUGUUUAUUUCCUCCAAAAUAUUUAUUUAAUCAAUUAAAAUAAUCACAACAAAGUCUUCAUAAAUCAUCACAAACAAAUACUUCCAUUUAAAUCAUGGACACAAUCCCAAUGGAAACACCCAUCGAACAAUAUGAAGAAGAACCACCAGAUAAUAAAAUAUUCCCACAAUCCAAUGAGUCUUGUUCAGAUAGUCAAGAUCAAAAUCCUAGCAAUUUCAAUCGUGAAUUAGAAUCAAAACAAAUUGUUUUAAUCACACUUGUCUCCCAAGAACCAGCAAUAUUCAAUUCGAAACAUGAUGACUAUCGAAAUAUUCCCAAAAAAGAUGAACUAUGGUUGGCAAUGUCCAAGCAAGUUGGAUGGCCAGAUAUAUACUGUAAGAAUAAAUGGAAGGCAAUUAGGGACCAAUAUUGCAGAGAAUUGAAACGAACUCGAGCCAAUUCGAAUGCCAAAAUUAAAUGGAAGUAUUUUAAACACUUGGAGUUCUUGAGACCUUAUGCUCUGGCUAGGAACUAUCGAACGAAAACAAAUAAAAAACAAGUAAAUUCUCAAAGUUCGAUUGGAUAUCAAGAGGAAUCUUCCUCAAAUACUCAAGAAGAAUCCUCCAUAAAAACCGAACACGAUAUAAAUUCCAGAAUAAAAACAGAAGAUUGGAGUCUUUGUGGAGAUAAUUCGGAUUUCCUCAAUGAAAACGGCGACAUAACAUCACAAAUCAUAAUGCAAUUAUCCCAGCAAUCCUCAGGAGAACUACAACAAGAACUACAAGAUGAUGACGAUGAUGACCCAAUUCAUACAUUCCUUAAUAUCGAAAGUUAUUUUGAAAAAGAACUCAUAACAUUGGUCUAUAAGACACCUUUUUUGUAUGAUUUUUCACAUUUUAACUACAGGAACACCAAAACAAAAGUAGCAGCUUGGGAAGAGAUUGCUAGAAAACUUAAAAGAACUGUGCGACAAUGUCGUUUGAAAUGGAAAGCCCUCCGAGAUCAAUUCAUUCGAGAACACAAACGACUAAAAAAUGUGGUUUUUUGUAAGAAUCUUCCCCGUUGGAAGCACUACGAUGCAAUGUGCUUCCUUGAACCAUUUGUCAGGGAUAGGAUCGAACAAAAUCCCAACACUUCCUUAAGUGAGAUUCCAAUUCAAAGUUUUGAAGAAGAAGAUAUGAUAAAUUUCCCAAAUGAAAUUGAAGGAGGAACUACUAACGAUAUGACUCAUUACAAUAUAUUAGCUGGUGAUGAUGAUACUUCAAGAAUGUAUUCAGAACGUUUAUAUUCUCCCAAACAGAGUACAGAUUGUCAGCAGGAAAAACUUGAAUGCAAUCAAGGUGAAAAAACUAAUCACCUUGUAAUAGAACAAAUCACCGAAGUUACUGAGGCACAAUCUUCUUCGAUUGAUAUGGAAAUUGAUGAUGAAGUUGGUGCUUUUUUUAAAGCAGUAGCAAUGAAAAUACGCAAAGCUAAUAUGUCAGCUGUAGCAUUUACAGAUUUACAAAUUGAUAUACUCAAAGUUAUUACAAAUGCAUUAAAAGAUUAAGUAGUUUUUAAGAAUAUUUGUUUUUUUUUUUUCUAACUUCCAUUGUUUUAUAAAAACCCAGAGUUGCUCGUUGCAUUACAAUUAGAAAUAAGUUAAAAUUUAUUUUUUUAGAAAUUUUAUUCAUGCUGGAAUUUUAGAUUGUUUUCUAAAUGAUCAGCUCAUCAUUCAUUAAAAUUAUGUUUAACAUCAUUAGUUUUUUAAUUACCCAGUAUUUUCAGUUA